AUGAGGUUUCCUGGCGAGGUCAAUGUCUCCCAACCAGACACAGAGGGCCAGCUUACGGCCACGAGGUCCUUGCAGUGUGGCGUGUGCGAGAAAGUUUUCGAACGCAAGUCGCAGCUGCGAACACACUUGUAUGCUCACGUACGUGAUAAACGGCACGCCUGUGGCGUGUGCGGCAAGACAUUCUCGCAGAAGAAGAACCUGGUGAUCCACAGUCGCUCGCACACGGGCGAGAGACCCUUCGAGUGUUCGUCCUGCCCGGCCACGUUCACCAGAAGCAGCAUUUUGAAAAGCCACAUGUUGACCCACACCGGCGAACGACCGCAUGAGUGCAGCGACUGCGGACGGAGAUUCGCCUUGAAGGCAAGCCUCGCGUACCAUGCGCUGACUCAUUCGGGGAAGAAGACGGUCGCCUGCCACGUGUGCGGCCGAAAAUUUUUCCGCAGAGACGCACUAAAGAAUCACGCCCGCACGCACACGGGCGAGAAGCCGUACGUCUGCCACCUGUGCCCCGCUACGUUCGCGCUCUUGAAUACGCUGAAAAGGGGUGUGCCUAGGGGCUAUCAGGACCAUCGCAAGAAGCGCUAUGACAGUAUCUGA